AUGGUUGCUUCGGAAAUGACCUUUAACCACGGGUUCAACCAUGUCGGGCUUUCCGUCAUCGAUCUCGAUGCUGCCGUUGCCUGCUAUACUAAGGUCCUGGGCUUCCACCAAACCCCUAAGAUCCUCGAGUUCGACCGGGCCCACGAUCCUAGUUCCCCGAUAUUUUCCAUCUAUGGGGCGACAUUACACAAAGGCAGAUUCGCAUUUCUCAUCUCCGGCAACGGAGUAGGUCUUGAGUUAUUCGAGUUCGAGAACCCUAAAUCGGCAGGGGUGACAAAAUCAUUUGACUACAGCAAAGGUGGUUUUUUUCAUAUAGCCAUUACAGAUCCUGAUCCUCCCUCUAAGGCUAGAGAGAUUGAGGCCGCCGGAGGCCAGAUCAUUGGUGAACCCAUCACAAUGUUAGAGAAAAAUCAUGCCUACUGCGCCUACGUUCAAGAUCCAUGGGGCAAUGUUAUUGAGCUUCUGAACCUAAACUUUGCAGAGUUGGCGAUAAGACUAAGUGGCGUGGAUGAGCUAUAG